UAGGACUCCCCACGUGGACCUAGUGCAUUUCGCGUCGUGUUGUCCGCUGAAACGUAAUCUUAUCGCAAUUACUCACUUUUCAUGCGCAGAGGAUACCUACGUCUUCGUACUAUAUAAAAGAAAUUUUCUCAAAUUUGUUGUUAGUUUAUUUACAUCUUUCGUUUGUAAUUUAUGGUCUAGUUCUACUUUGAACAUUAGGCCGGUUCAUUUUUUAUUUGACGUGUAAGGAGGAUUUCUGCUUUUGGAUUAUUUUUACUUCACAUCAAAAGGCAGAUUAUCAAAAUGGCGCCAAAUAUUUCUAUGCCUACUGGCGUUCUCCACGAGCACGACGAGGAGGUAGUUGCAAAAGUUAUUCCACCAGAGGUGGUCAAACCAAGUGACCGCAAACUUAAACUGGUUUGGAGGAAUAUCAUCCUUUUUGCCUAUCUUCAUGCUGUGGCUGUAUACGGGCUUUAUUUAAUGUUUACUUCUGCCAAGAUAGCUACAUCCAUAUAUGCUAUUAUUCUAUACCAACUUGGUGGAUUGGGUGUCACUGCUGGGGCUCACAGACUCUGGGCCCAUCGUUCUUACAAAGCGAAUGUGCCUCUAAGAAUUAUUUUGACUGUAUUUAACACAAUGGCUUUUGAGAAUUCUGUAAUAGAAUGGUCAAGGGAUCACAGAGUCCACCACAAAUUCAGCGAAACCGAUGCUGAUCCUCACAAUGCCAAACGCGGAUUCUUCUUUUCUCAUGUCGGAUGGCUCCUUUGUCGCAAACAUCCCGAUGUCAAGAACAAAGGAAAGGGUAUUGAUAUGUCUGAUUUGUAUGAAGACCCUAUUCUUGCUUUCCAAGACCGCUACUACUUGAUUCUGAUGCCCUUUGCAUGCUUCAUUCUUCCAACAAUGGUUCCAAUGUAUCUCUGGAACGAAACUUUUGUCAAUGCCUUCUGUAUCAAUAUCUUCAGAUACAUUCUUACUUUAAACGCCACCUGGUUAGUCAACUCAGCUGCUCAUCUUUAUGGACAUAAACCCUAUGAUAGGUAUAUUAACCCAGCUGAAAACCUGACAGUUUCUCUCCUUGCUCUGGGUGAAGGAUGGCACAAUUACCAUCACACCUUCCCAUGGGACUAUAAAACUUCUGAGUUGGGAAAAUACAGUGUAAACUUCUCUGCUGCCUUCAUUGACUUCUUUGCUAAAAUAGGUUGGGCCUAUGACCUUAAAACGGUCUCAGAGGAUAUGGUUAAGAAGCGUGUUCUAAGGACAGGAGAUGGCACCCAUGAAAUUUGGGGAUGGGGUGACAAAGACCAACCCAAGGAAGAUUACAACGAUGCGCUUAUAACUCACAAAAAAUAUUAAACAGUGGUUCCAGGAAAGUGUAGCUUCAUUAUGUACAUAUAGUUGAUAAGUGCUACUUGAGAGACUGAAUACAGAAUUGGACUUUUUUUUACUUAAUAUUUUGGCUGUAAAACGAAACUACCUAACUUUGAUAAAAUAACUGAAAAUAUAUGUUUUAUUGAAAAUAUAGAUUGAGAUUAUGCCUCUAUUUAUUUUAAUAUAUCAAUCUCACUAAAACUUAUUUUUUAUUAAUAAGUCUGUUAUUAUUUGGUUUAUAAAAGUCUGCAUCACUUCGAAAACAUAUAUUUUUAUGAUCAGUGAUAUUUAGUUUGUAAAUGUGCAAUGAACACAUUUGUAAUGAAACAAAUCUUUUGAUUUAGUUUGAUAAAAUCAAAUUUAAUUUGGCAAUGAUGUGUUUCAAACUGAUGAAAUGUAAGAGUGGAUCGUUUAGAAAAUUCUCCUUGUUUCAUUACUUUUGUGCGAAAUAGUACGAAUUUAGUUAGAAUUACUAUUGUAGUUAUUUCUUAUAACGACUAUGGUGGCUAAGUUAUUCUCAAUUACAUAUUUAGGUCAACCAAAAUCUAUUAAAUAAUAAUUUAUAAUAAAAAUAUUCUGAUAA